CUCGGAUGCCACCUUCUGCAUAGCCUUCAGGUCUCGCAGCUCCAGCCGCUCGGUGCACUGGGGAGCCAAAGCACAGAAUAGCGCUGUAUGGAGAAGUUGCAUAAUAAAGGACGAUAAAGGAAUCCAAUUGAAGUCAUAGCGAAUUGAAUCAACACGGUGGCAUUAAGGUAAUUAAGUGCCGCUGCCGGGAACAGCUGGACGCCCCUCAGCCGCGUGGGCGGGUCUUCCUGACGCUCGGCCACUCUUAUGGGCGGGACCUGGUGACGCUCGCCCAACCAUGUGGGCGGGAUUUUCCGCACGCUCGUCCAGACGCGUGGGCGGGUCCAAGUGACGCUCGCCCAGCCAUGUGGGCGGGACCUGGUGACGCGCGCCCAGCCAAGUGGGCGGACCCGCAGCAACGCUGUUGCUGAGGCUUCAAGAUGGCGGAAGCCCUGACAACUCAAGAAGUGCUGGUCGUGGAGGAGUUCCUGAGGGAACUUCGGAACCAGGAGCAACACACUCAGGUCCUGGUCUCCCAGAGUACUGCUGUUAAGUUCCUGAUGGCCCGCAAAUUUGACGUCUCCAGAGCCAUCGAACUCUUCCAGGCUUACAAGAACACCCGGAUAAAAGAGGGCAUCUAUAACAUCAACCCCGAUGAGGAACCUCUUCGGUCAGAGUUACUAAAUGGGAAGUUCACAGUCUUGCCCGGCCGGGACGCUAAGGGUGCAGCGCUUGCCUUGUUCACGGCCCGUCUACACAGACCCGACAGCACGUCCCACAAGGUCGUGCUGCAAGCCAUCAUCUACCAGCUGGACAAGGCCAUCGAGAGCAUCCAGACGCAGCGGGACGGCCUUGUGUUCAUCUACGACAUGACCAACUCCACCUACGGCAACUUCGACUAUGAGCUGUGCGUGAAAAUACUCAACCUGCUCAAGGGUGCAUUUCCUGCACGCCUCAAGUAUGUCUUCAUCGUGUCGUCACCGCUGUGGUUCCGGGCGCCUUUCGCUGUGCUCCGCCUCUUUGUCCGGGAGAAGCUGAGGGAAAGGGUUUGCACGGUGAAAGCGACCGAGUUGGCUGGCUACAUCCCCAUGGAGUCUCUGCCGGAGCACCUGGGAGGUUCUUCUCAGUACAGCCACAUCGCCUGGAUCCAGGCCUGCGUCAAUUCGGGCCAAGCCGGGCUGGAGAGCGGGGACGGGGACUGCGUGGGGAACCUGCUCCGCUCCUACUCCGUGAAGCAGCCCGCUUCUGUGGUCAACCCGACCACCGGGGACGCCCUCAAUUCCAAUCUGGGGGAUGACAACAGCUGCAACGCCAACGUGCAUAAUCACUACCACAGGCCAAGCAGGACUAGCCGGUCGCCCGAGUCGCCACGGGGCCACUGUCAGCACUGGAACGGCUCUGCGCUCACUCAGGGGUCAGGGGUCAUGGGGGCUGGCGUGGCAGUUUUGGGGCUGGCGGACGGUCUUAAGGAGAAGAGGGACUCCGUCCACGGCAGCCCCAACGCGAAUGAGCGAGGCCGCCACCCACUGCCUCCGCCACAGUCGGAAACGCCGCCCGACACGCCCCUGUACCGCAAGUGCGGAGGGGGCCUGGCCGGGAUGGAUGAGAUCGUGGCUUCGGGCCAGCGAGAUGAGGACGGCGGGGGGCUCGGGGGAGGAGGAGUGGGCCAGGCGUGCCCCCCACUGCCGCAGAAGUCCUCACGGCCCGCGCCGGCCCAAAACCUGGGCCUGUUAUCCGAACCCGGGCCGGACGCGGAGCAGUCAGUGCACAUGCCCGAGAGCGGCGGCAUGGACGUCACUCAGCUGGUGCAGUAUGUCAAGAAAAAGAAGAAGAAGGGCAUCUACCAGGAGUACGAGGAGAUCCGCAAGGAGCAGCCGUUGGGCUCCUUCGACUACUCUAAGAAACCAUGCAAUCAGGUGAAGAACAGGUACAGCGACGUCCUGUGUCUUGAUCAUUCGAGAGUCAAGCUCGCCCCGCUGGACGAUGACGAGACCUCAGAUUACAUCAACGCAAGUUUUAUGGAUGGGUACAAGAGGAGCAGUGCUUACAUCGCCACUCAGGGGCCUCUGCCAAAGACGUACGCUGACUUCUGGAGAAUGGUGUGGGAACAAAUGGUCCUAAUCAUCGUAAUGACAACAAGAGUGGUGGAGCGAGGCCGCGUGAAGUGCGGUCAGUACUGGCCCCUGGACGUGGGCCGAUCUGAGGAGCACGGGCACUUCGUGGUCAGGAACGUCCACAUCGAGAUGUUCCAGGACUUCAAGCUCUCGCACCUGGAGCUUUGUGACAGCCGGACAGGGGAGAGCCGGGACGUCGCUCACUACCUGUACAUGAGCUGGCCGGAUUUCGGCGUCCCAAAGUCUGCCUCCGCCAUGCUGGACUUCAGGGGCCAGGUCAAGCAGCACCAGGAGGCAGCAUUCAGGGCCAUGCGUACUGACUGGACGGGUGCUCCAGGGGGCCCCCCGGUGGUGGUGCACUGUAGUGCAGGCAUUGGAAGGACAGGCACUUUCUGCACGCUGGACAUCUGCCUGUCCCGGCUGGAGGACAUCGGCACAGUGGACAUCAAGCAGACGGUGAGGAGGAUGCGCUCACAGCGAGCGUUCAGCAUUCAGACCUGGGACCAGUAUUACUUCUGUUACAUGGCCGUGCUGGAGUAUGCUCAGCGGCGCCGCCUGCUGGCUCCCGUCGAGUGGUCCGACACCGACCCGGAGACGGACAGCGAGUGAGGGGAACAGGGGGCCUCAAACCGGCCCCUGCUUGCCAGAAGGUGGGUCCCAGUGGAUUGGGCGGGGGGGCAAGUGUGUCUGGACUGUAAGAACAACCUGAUAGGUUGGUCUGUGGUCCCCCCCCCCCCCCUUCCCAGACGUGGUAUGUUUUUCAGUUGUAGCAAUUUACAUUUACUUGCACAAGUGUAACGGACAACUUGCCCUUUUUACAUCCACUGUUUCUUGCUCCUCUUGUCCCGUGGGGGGGUUUUUCGUUUUUGUUUUUUUUUUUGAGAAAGAUGAAACUUGAAUUUCUUUUUUUGAGGAAAACCUGUUAGUGUGAACUACGUCUGGUUUUUGUAUUUGUUCAUAUGUAAACUAAUCUGAAAGCCAAAGCUGUUGCCUUGAAUGCUUGGAUGUAAUAUUGGUCAUAAUUGUGAAAAGCCCUUGUAUAUUCUUGUAACAUACAUUUAUAUAUUGUGUAUAACAACCUUUGACAAAGCCUUGUGUUAAUAUAAAGUACUUAACAGUAACAAAAAUCUAUAGUUAACAUACUCAUGAGAAGUUACUACGCUCUUGUAAACCUGUGUGAGUGGUCAGGUCGCUUCGUAUCAUUAGUGUAUUUUUAGUUUUUUUGUUUUGUUUGUCGCUUCUCAACAAACGUGUGUAAACGGGCCUCAAACGACUGACUUCAGUGUCUUACACUGCCUCGCUGCGGCAGAGAUGCUCGCCGGCCCUGCCGGACAUCUCCAGCGCCCUCUUGUGGACGGCCGCGUCCCGAGGCUCGCCUCACCUCCCUGAUCCGUGCCUUGUCCCCCCCGCAGCGUAGCACGUCCGGGGCCCGGGGCCCCUGCUCCUGGCGCUCGCGACGAUCCGACUAACCUGCGAUCUCAGGGCUCAGUGUUGCUGGUGUCAAAGUCAUUGCUCUCGGUUAACCUCUGGCAAUCAUUUUACAAACUUUUGUUUUCUGUUUUAUACGGUAUUUUAUCUUGUUUGUCUUUGUAAAACAUUGACAGUAUUGAUAAUGAAUGUUGGUACGAUUCAUAAGAAAAAAAUUUACUUGGAUAAGCUAAACGAAACAGGCGAAAGAAUGAGAAAUAUUUUUGGAGUUGCUUUGUUUCCCGGAUAAUGUCACUUGCCAUUGCAUUAUGGGAAAUGGAGGCCUAUAAACCAUGAUUGUAGUUUCCCGACAAUGUAAAAUCAACCACGGUGGUGUUCUUACUAUUAUAUAUUUUUUUCCCUCUGAAAGUCCAACUGGUAGCAUUGUGAAACGGGCAGUCAAGCCUGACACUUAAGUGGUCAUGGGAGAGGGAUGCCAUUGGCCACGGUUUAGCCUCCCUAUCGCCAUGACAACAUGGUGCCUCCCUGACCCACACAGGAGGACUGAAUGUAAGCCAUGGUACGGCCUGUGACGUACAGUGGGAGCACAGGAACCGGGAAGGAGGGAAUACCUCUCUUCCCAUCGGACCCCCUGUGCUUCCGGAAUGUGACGAGUUGCUGUUUGGGAGCUGGGGGUGGUGGUGAAUACUAUCCCCCCCCCCUCCAUGUUUAGCAUGGUGGGAUUUAGGGGUUUUCUGCUUGAGAUCACAUGUUUGUUUUUCGAGAAUGGCCUUUUUACUAUUCUGCGUGUAGUGUCAUAGUAAAAACAUGGAUAUUCUGAAA